UUUCAACAAUAGAAGUAUAGAACCAUAUACUGUAUUUCGCAAGAAAACACAAUAUAUAUUUGAUCUAAGAAAAAAACAAUUUGUAGGCGGCCUGCUUCUGAUCGACUAAGAUAUGACAACGUUAAGAUGGGGGCAUAUGCAUUGUCGUACUACCAGUAGUAGUCCAAUAAUCAGGUUAGCAGCUGCUCCAACAGCAAGGGUUUCUUGUUGUUGUUUGAAGAACAAGCAGUCGAUGAAUAUACCUAAACUUGAACCUUUUAGUCGAGGGAAGUUUGAUCGAAUCCUUAGAGAUCCUCCAUUGAUCAAAAAAACCGAAAACGAUUUAGCAGAUUACUGUUCAACCCUUGAAGGAGAUUCAUCCUACAGCUGUUGGAAAGCGUAUUUCGAGCUAAAAGAACUUGAAAAAGAAGCGCCAAAAGAAGAGGUGGAGAAAGUGAUACUAGAAUCAGGAGGAGUGAAAUCUCUAAUAGGAUACUUACAUGGAAUUUCCGAAAUUCACAAAGCAAGAAAGAAACUGCAAAGUCAAAAUGAAUCAAACACAAGUGGUUCGAACUUGGUGAAAGUUGUGUCAAGAGCUAGAAGUGAAUGUCCUGUGCCUGACGGGCUGCCAAAGAGCUUGGAGGAGAUGGAAGAAGAGGAAAAAUGGAAAAUGCCCGAUUCCUCAUUCACCCGAUUGCUUCGCUCAAAAGGCAAGUCCCCUGCUUGGUUCUCCCCUGUUCCUGAUCAUGAAACCGAUUAGUUUAAGUUAAUAUACUAUUUUGUUAUCGAUAGUCUUGCUUUUGGAUGUGCAUAUUCUUUUUAGUUUCUACAAGUUGAACCUAACUGUAUAUCUAUUUGUAGUUUGUAUAUUAUUUUAGUAUUUCAA